AGUAACUCUUUGAUUUUUGUAUACCUUUCUUCGUUGCUUGUCCUCUCGUUGACACAAACAACAAAUUAAGUUGAAAUAUUUUUCUAUUACGCAGGCGUAAGUAUCACACCAAACACGUCUAAGCUAUUUUAAUUUGUUUAUGAUUUUUUAUUAUAACUUUUCAAUCACCCGAUAACCGUCUUCAAUUUUUCAUCUGCCAUUCAUUCUCAUUUAAAUUAAAGAAUGUGAUUAAUUCAAGCCUAAUUUUAAUAGUAGCCACUUUGAUGAGAUCCGGGAAUUACCGAAAACCGGGUAUCGUGAUUUCGUUAUCAAAAUUGCGACCUCCACUUUUUAAUUUACCGAGAGCCUGGUUGGUUACGAUUUUUUUUUGUUAAUUAUAGCGCAGCAAGCACAUUCUAUUUCUGUCCAUAACUUUAGACAUGUUGUUUUAUGAUUAUACGCUUUUUUUGUUUUAAAAAAUAUUUGAAGUCUUAACUUUGAAACUUGAAGGUAAAAUAAUGCUUAUUUUACUCAUUCAUGUUUUGUUUUUUUUGGAAAGGGUGUCUUUCUUAAAUAAAAAGACGACGGGAGAUAAUAGCAUAAAUUACAACAUAUCAAAAAUUCAAGAGGUUACCACCCAGUUCAAUGGUCAAAAAAUGCCUACCAAAUUUUUGUCACAUAUGUCCCAAAAGUAGGGGUGUGCCGGAUCCGUUUUUUCCAACCGGAUCCGGAUUUUCUUAUGCGAAAUCCGCCGGAUCCGGAUUCCGGUUUCUCCCGGAUUCCGGAUUUUGGUACUAUUGGUAGAUACUUCGGUAAGUCAAGGUGGACUACUACUUUUUGUGUAUGGGAAUUCGCAAUCGGCGCCAAAAAAUCCGAGUUUUUAAUUUUCCGAUGUGUGUGUCUAUUUAUUAUUAAAUUAGUACUUUCGAUAUAUAUUUGAGUUCCGUUCCAUUUGGAUAAGUGUCUUACGAGAGACGCCAUGUUUCUACGCGUUCGCAGCAGGUCAUGCAGCUCGCUCAACCUAAUUUCGCCAUGGGGUUGGCCACGCCCCCCUUUUUAAUGGCGGAAGUUGACGAUACUUAGGAAAUAUUAAUUUAUUAUCACUAUUUACAUCAAAAUAAUUGAUAACUUGUGUUUCAGAAUGCAUUUAAAGACAUUUAAACUGGAAUGUUUUAAUUUGAGCUUUAACAACCCGGUAGAAUCCAUAUUAUAAAUGAUCAGAAUUUACCGUGUGCAACACGUUGUCAUUGGCAACCAUUCACAGCCACUUGCAUAACUGUAUCGUAGUACUACCUCAGAGUUUCAUUCAUAAGAGUUUGCCGUGUGCAAAAACUAUUAAACCAUUGGUCAGGGAAAGCUUUAAUUAAUUAUUCAUGUGCCAAAGUUGAAAGUUUAAACUAAGUCUAAACAGUAUUUUAGUGAUAAGGCAGGGAAUGCGUUGCCUUAUAUAAACUAUAUAGUCAUUGCGCAUGACGGGAUUGGUGGAAUGAGAUCACAGAAUGUGGAGAUGCAGUCCAUGUUAAAAAAUGACAAACCAAGUCGUACUUUAAAAAUUCAUAACUUUAAAACUACAACAGCUAAAAAUAUGAUUUUGGUGUUAUAAUUCUUUAAAAAAUUACAUCUUUUCAACUAUGCCAUUGGUUUAUUUUUACAAAAAGUUUAAAUUUUCUUAUCAAAGUCCCUACACUAUUGGCCACUAUUAGCGGUGCUGACUCUAGCCUCUGGUAUGUACGGAAUAUUAAACAUUAAACAAGCUCAACGCUCGAAACAAUCGAUUAAUGUAUCGUGAUCGUGUGGAAUUCGGGAAAGAGAAUUACUUUUAUUUCAGAUUAUGAUCCGGUGAGUCACAAAAUCUGGCAAAUUCCGAAAUCCGGUAUAUUCCGGAAUCCGGUUAUUCCGGAUAGUGUAAAAUCCGGCGGAACCGGAUUCCGGAAUCCGGCACACCCCUACCCAAAAGGACCUAUUAUCGAUAACGAUUUUUAAUAAUAAAAAAAAAAAAAGUAAAUAACUUAAUUUACAAUGGAAAUCCAGCUUAUUACUCCAAAAUUACUCAUUCAAAAACAAAAACAAAUAAUUUAAUAACACAGAUACCUAUUUUAACAACAUAAAUAUAUAUUUUUAACUUGUUUUGAUGCUUUUUAUUGAGGGGUAUUGACUUGGGUAGUGGGUUAAACUGAAUUUAUUAUUAGCCUCAUUAUUAUUAUUAUAAUUAAUAUAUUAAAUAUAGCAGCUUAAGGGGGCAGGCUACAAAAAAAAAAAAUUUUAAUCAACCAACUUAGAGCAACUAUUUUAUUAUGGUCAUAGUCAUGUUGAGCUAUGAAUGGAGAUAUAUUUUCAUGCUUUAAAAAAAAAAUAAUUAUAUAGUUGCCAUGGCAACGGCGGCCAUCUUGAAAAUAAUACCCAUUCGUAGAGUUCUAAAAUUUUAAAAACAAACAUACAUAUUGCUUAAAAAAUGAUUGAUUCAUGAACUUCAAUUAUAUUUAGAGGUACUGAGCUAGUUUAAUUUCCUUCAAACUUUUCAAAACAUUUUUUUUUUAAUUUUUAAAAUUUGCCUCAGCAGAAAACGCUUAAAAUUUACCAUCCUAUGAUAUGAAAAAAAUUAUUUUAACAAAAGUAAUUGACCAAAUUUAUUUUUGAAUAGCUCAUUACCCACAAAAUAGUUAAAGGAAGAUACACACCAAAUUUUAUUACUCUAGCUUGUAUAUUAGCUGAGAUUUUAGAAUUCUACUUUACAAAACAACAGAAAAAAACAAAAUUUGAGAAAAAUCAAUUUUUAACUUUAAAAGUGAAAAAUUUUAAGUUUAAUAUGAAAAUGAAGUUCUUUUACAUAGUUUUUUUUUUGUUCAGUAACAUGGACAUGGUGGUUUCUUAUAUUAUUGAACUGUUGAAUGCACCAGGAACAUGGGUUUUAACUUCUUGAACUUCAUCAGGUGCUCUUGUCAAAAUCAAAAUUUAAAAAAAAAAAAAUUUUCCUCUGGAAUAAAGCUAAUUUGUGUUGUAUUAGAAUUUUUUGUUCAGCAUUAUAAUAUAACACAAGUUACCCAAAAUCCCCAAUCAACCCAUUUGUCCAUGAUCCUUUUAAUCAUGCUUAGAUGACAAGGUUAUGUUGCUGUCACCAUCACUGAAAUUGAAGCAUAAAUAGUUUCAUGGCAGCAAUGCUAUGUUGAAACUUUUGUACCUAUUCUGUGUACUUCUUUUAUCAAAGAUGUCCCUCAUACCAGAGGUGAAUGAGUUAUUUGUCUAUUAGAAAUGUAAUAAUUGGCCAAAUACUUGCUCAUAAAUGUUUCAUGUCUUCGGCAUAGCGCAGUUUUUAUACUUUAAGCAGGUUAUAAAUUUUGCGAUGCAGCUGGAUUGUUCAUCGCAGAUAUCAUAGAUUGCAACUUUUCAUAGUCCAUGCCAUUGUCCUUCAGGCCUUAGAGUCUAUAAUUGAUAAUGACUUGGUUAUCUAGUUGUUGAUAUGAACAAUCUAACCACUCACAAUCUAGUCAUUGUUAUAUUCAUAGUAUUUACUAUUUUGUUUUGCAAUCAGCUGUAAGUUAUGGCUUCUGCAAUUUGUCCAUUCCACUGCAGACAGAAGAAAAUUGGUAAAAGCUUUGAAUUAUGAUCAUAUCGAAAUCAAUGCUUAGCAGUCCCUCUAUAGAAAUUCUUUUCACUGAAGUCACUGAAGAAUUAACUUUUGCUCGGCUGGGUAGAACUAAUUGGGGGCUGGAACGGAAUUAAAAAAUUAUAUAAACAUCAUUUAGCAAAUAAUAUAUUGAAAAUGAUCUCAAUAAGCCUAUUAGUAUUAUUUAGAUGUAUAGGAUUGCUUAACUAAAUAUUUAUUUUAUUAUAAUUACUAUUAUUAGUCUAAUGAACUGAUCUUAUAAAUAAGAAAUAAUAUAAAACUAAUUAGCUAUUACUAUUAAUAAUUGUAUGCAGAUACAAAAAAAUUAAUAAGGCUAAGAUUAAACUAUUUGAGUUAAAACAUUCUAAUACGAAUUAUUUUGCCCAUACUGCUAAUGGUAAUACCAUAAUUAUAGUAGUAUUACGGCAUAAUAUUGCGUUGUUGUUAUUGAAUGUUAGUCCUAGUCUUAGUCUAUGCCUAUACUAUUACUUUGAACUACUUGAUCAUUUAUCAAUGUUGUUUUGUUAGACAACUAUAAAUAAAUUGACUUAGGAUUAAUAUAAUAUAACAAUUCACUUGAUUGUUAAAUAUAAAGACUAAUAGUAGAAACUUAUGUAAUUCUCCGCAUAAGGCAUAAGCUAAACAUAAACUCACAAACAAUCCACACGCACGAUCAAUCAUCAUGGCAACACAGUGACAGUACUGACGUCCGAACUGAAUAUUUUCAACUAUCACCGAUUGCGUGUUGCUAAAUUAAGGUCAUUUUUUUUUUUUAGUAUACUUACCUUGAAUUUCUGGCUUUUGCCGAAUGGGUAAGGUUGUAAAUGUGUAUUUUAAAAUCAAAAUCUGCUGAUGCUUUCGUUUGCAAAAUUUCGUUCUAUACACAGAACCAUGAUCCGGUAAACACACAUAAACAACUCAUUUGCGCAAGUCAACGGUAUCUUGGUUACCCUCCGUUUGGACCAAUGAAAAUUGGUAAAAUAAUUAUAUAAAUAGAAGCGAAGAAAAUCCUACAAACAUUUCACUUGUGGAUCCGAUUAUUUGUAGCAAUUAUAUUUACUGACUUCGAUUCUUAAUAUAAAAAAACUGCUUGAAUUUACCUUUACGUUGAUAUAUAAUAAUAGCAUAUUAUGUUAUUUAAAACUAGUUUUUUGAGGUCUCAAACAUGGGAUAUGUUAGGAAUUUUAUUUUAUUUCCAAAAUUAGGUCAAUUUUUAGAGUGGGGUGGGGUGUUAAAUAUCAGUUGUUUCACAACAAAUCUUUAAAAAAGUAGCAUAAAUUGAUGUGUAAUCGAUUCUAAGAAUGUUCAUCUUGGUAAAAAUAAAAAAAUGGAAAAUUUUUGAAAAAUUUAGAUAUUUUCGGGCGCCUACCCCCUUAAUAUAUAUAUACAGGCCUAGAAAAGUAUAGUAUUUUAAGUAUAGGUCUAGCUCCACCCCAACUCAUUAUUUUUGUGACACAUUAUUUUUUUAUUUGUUAUGAUAUUUUAAUGAAUAUUAUGAUUCUUAAUGCAUAGAUUCAGCAAAAAUGUAAACAAAAAAAUAAUCACUUGCCUUUCAUAUUGAAAUAUCCUAUAUUUAAUCACAUAUCACAAUAUUUCACAAGAGAAUUAUUACAUAAUCCUUGGUAUUCUCAAAGAAAAAGCACACUUUCUGCCACAAUAGUCCAAGAAUUACUUAAGAUAUUAUUAAUAAUAUAAAGAACAAUCAUAAAAACUUAUACUUACCACAAGCAAAUGACUAGAACUUAUUUUAGUUUGUAUAAACCACCAAAGUUGAUUCCAUCAAUGCAUGUUAAUUUGUGAAACAAGAUUACUAACUUGUAAAAAAUGACAUACUAUUUUUUUGUCAUAUUCAGACAUUCAUAUGAUAUGGGACUAAAACACAUAUAUAGAAAAUGGUAAAAUAAAAAGUAUAAUCGUAAAUUUUAACUAAAUGAAACAAGUAAUCCCUUUAUUAUUAGUUUAUACUUAUAAAUGUUAAACAAUGCCACAGAAAAUUUGAAAUUUAUAUCUAAAGAAUAUUAUUAUUAUUAUGAUUUUAGGGAAAUUUUAAAAAAUAUAUUGAAACAAAAUUAAUUAAUUAAUUUCAAAUAAGUGAUGAGUCAUCAUAUUUAUACAUGUUUUAAACGGAAAAUAAUUAAGAUUUUUAUUUUUUAUUUUUGCGGAAUAUUAUCAAAAACUAACUUAUAUUUUGUGGCUUUAUUUAGAAGUACUCUUAUUUAACUAUGUUCCCUGUAAAUAUUAUAUUUUUGUCUCAUUUUACCAUAAAGUUAUAUGCAUUAAAAAAAAAGAAGCAAAUUGAGGGUCACGAAAUGUGGAGGAAAAUCCCAUAGUAAAAAAGUGCCUUUUAGGUCCCUACUAAAAAAUUCAUAACUUUUGAACCACUUGAGCUAGAAAGUUGAUCUUGGUGUUUUUGUAAUCUAUUCUCCAGGCUCCAUGCAGCUGUAGUAUUUUUAUAUUUUUAAAAAUGAUAUGAAAUUUUCAUAAAAUUGCCUAUUAAAUAAUAAAAUGUUAGUUAUUGAUAUUGUAAAUUGUUAGCGGACACUAUUCUGAAAAUUCAGUAUAUUCCUCUAGUAUAGCCUAUGCCUAUAUUUAUUUAAAAAUAAGCAUAGGCUCAUAUAUUAUAAUAAUGGUUAAUCUUGCAGUUCAUAAUCAUGUGCAUAUAUUAUUUCUGAUCGAAAUCCAGACAGUGAUAGUUAACCAUUAACUAAUAGUAUACUGAAUUAUACAGCGCUUAUUUUUAUUUUAUUUUAUUUCUUUGAACAUCCCAAGACCUUUCAUAGCUCCAUUUUUUUUUUAUUUUUCACCCUUUUGCUAGAUUUUUAAUCACCUUUAAGUUGGUAUGCUAAACGAAAUUUUCAAAUUCUAGGCAUGUUCACAAAAAGAAUGAAAUAUGUGGGUGGGGGGUUGAACUUAGUUAGAUGUUCCGUUAUUUUUUAGGGGCUCAAAAUUCUUUUUUUUUUUCUUAUAUGGGUGUGUAAAUAUAAUUCCAAACAAAGGCUCCUGCAUGGGCAUGGGUGAAUGGAAUGAGAUCAAACUUAGUAAACAAACACUUGAUCAUCCAUAUUCAAAAACUGGUACUGAAGGGUAAUGAAUGGAAGUAUUUUCAUCGCAAACACCACCGAUACCUGUGGUGAGAUGGCCACUGGGUAUUUGGCGGCACGUGUAAAUGCUUUCUCAUCGAGGUUCUGGACUGUACAGCUGCUACAAUGGAGCCGUUGAUUCAACAGUAUAUCCUCACGUGUACACAUGUUUUUUUAAUUUACUUUCUCCAAUAUGUCUGAUAUUAUAACUGUUUUAUUUACGUUCUUCAAUAUUUCUGAUUUAAUGAAUGUUUUAUUUAGGCCUAAAUUCUCAAACGGCAGGAUAUAUUUCCAAUGUAAUAUCUGUUGUUUUAUUUUUGCUAAAUUUAAUGAAUAUUAUAAUAUUAUUUUAUAUAAAUUUAUUUUGUGUGAACUAGCUUUUAGUUUGAAAAGUUGAGCAUCAAUAAAUAAUUUAGGUAUAAUUUAAUAUAAAUCGAAUUUCCUGUUUUGUUUUUUGUGAAUAAGCCUUCAGUUGAAAAAUUGCAAUCUGGCAUGUAGGGGAAAUGGAAAACUGCAAUCUGGCUUGUAGGGUGAAUUUAAAAAAAACAGGAAUUGGAGAGAUCAUUUACACUACCGGCUAUGUACCAAUGGGGGCUGUAAAAAUCAAUAAAAAGAAAAGUUAGUGCAGUGCAAUUUAGUGUUAGGGUUAACUAAUACUGUCUGGACUAAAUUUUAUAAAGAAUAAACGUAAGUUUACAUGCGAUAAUACGAAAUUCGAACAGAAAUAAUAUACACAUCUGAACUGCAAGAUUACCUAAUAAUGCAGAAGCCUAUCCAUCUAUAACUACUAGACUACUAAUUAAUUUAUUUUAUUUUUAUUUAAAAAAUUAUAUUUAGACAAUUUAGUUUUCCUGUCACUGUUUAGUCUGCGAUAGAAGUAUAGACUAUAUUUGUAGUAUAUAUAUCAUAAUAUAUGACAAUAAUAAUAAUAGGCUUAUGGAUAUGAAUAUGCAAUCCCAUAGUUUUCCUUCUUUGGCUUAGGCCGCAAGGCUUACAAAAACAUAAACUAACAUUUACAUAAUAAUAAGUAAACAAGCCCAAAUUAGUUAGCCGUCUGUUCUUCUGAUCUUUUUUUGUUCGAUAAGGACUUGUGCCCAUUCUUAUUUCUUUCAUUUUUCAGGUAUGGGUAGGAUAUAAGGCCUACAAAUAUUAUAUAUAAUGAAUGUAAAUUUAAUUUAUAAUUAUAUUUCAUUUUUUUGUUGUACAGAUAAAAGCAUUCCGACACGUUUAAAAUUUUAAUUUUUGUCUAAUCAUAAUUAAAGCUUAACAUAUAUUAUUAAUAGUUAAAUAAGUUAAUUAGACCUGCCCUAUGUGUUACUAUUAAAUUAAAGUAAAACAAAAGUUAUAGUUAAUUAAAGAACUAUUAGACUUGUUUGAUUAGGCCUGUGCCUUUUUUCCUAUUAUAUAGGCAUACACAUUUAGACAUCUACUUGACAAUGACAUCACCCAGUUUUUUAGUUGAAAGUGGCAGUUCAUAAAAGAUUUUACACAUCAGAGGUGUGUGUAUGGCCCUCGUCUUAAAUAUAAAUCUGGUUUCGAAAGAACUUUAAGCUAUAAUACACACUAUAGUACUUUUCAUCAACUAUGAAGUGAAUUUAAUAAUAAUAUGUGGGUAGUAUGUAGAUAUUAUUAGCCUACCAUAUCUUAACGCAACCCACAUAUAACUUUUUGUUUUAAAAAACCCUUAAAAUGCCAAGUCCACAUAUAAUGUGAUGUAUUAAUCUUGUUCCAUAAUAAUACAAUACUUAUUAUCAAAUUUAAUAUUUAUUUAUUAUAAAAAUGUCAAAAUUCUUUAAAUUAUUAUAAUAUUCAAAUAAACUGUGGUCAUACAGUUGCAACUAUGCUAAUAUCCUGUCGAAGAGUAACUACUUACAUUACUGGUGUUAUCCUCAAAUUUGAUGCGCACUAGGUCGCUGAAUGCAUGAGGGCCUAAAAGAUUUGGUUGCCUAGGCAUUAAUAUGAAUUAGUCAGUUAUGAAAAAAAAAUUUGUUUAUCUUGUGUACAAUUUUAAGUAGCAUUUUUUACCCUUAUUUUCUUGCGUUAUACGCAGUACUUAUUUGGUAAUAAGUGCAUUAUAAAGUCUAAAGUGUAAAUUAAAUAAAUAAUAUGUAGCUAUGUAGGCCUAAUUUCUAAAAGGUAGGUUUCUUUUAAUGUCAGUUAAUAAUAUUAAGUAAUGAAGACUCCAAACUAAGAGAUGAUUGCUGGUUUUAGAGAAAACAGAUCAUGUACUGACCAAAUUGCAACCCUGCGCAUAAUCAUAGAACAGUGCUUGGAGUGGAAUGCUUCAUUGUACCUACAUGUUGUCGACUUUCAAAAAGCAAUUGAUAGCUUAGACAGAGAUACACUCUGGAAACUACUAAGACAUUAUAGUAUUCCCCAAAAGCUAACUAACUUAAUUAAGAACAUGUACAAGGAUAUGAGUUGUAGGGUUAUACAUGAAGGUGAACUCACAAACCCAUUUAUGAUAGAAUCUGGAGUUCGACAGGGAUGCCAGCUCUCAUUAUUCCUCUUUCUGUUAUCCAUUGACUGGACCAUGAGAGAAACAACACAGGAUGGGGAUAAUGGAAUCCAGUGGACACCUUUCAGACAGUUGGAGGAUUUGGAUUGUGCAGAUGACAUUGCACUUUUAUCACAUAGAAAUAAACAAAUGCAGGAGAAAACAACAAAACUCGACUCUGUAUCGCAGCAAGUUGGACUUAGCAUAAAUAAAGAGAACACCAAGACCUUAAGAAUAAAUGCAGUGGAGGAUGGUGUCAUUGGGAUUAACCUGAGAGGAGCGUCUCUUGAGGAAGUUGAGACUUUUACAUACCAGGGAAGCAUCAUAAAUAAAAAUGGUGGCACAGAUGAGGACAUAAAGUCUAGGGUCCAAAAGGCCAGACUUUAAUUUUUCAGUGCCCUGCGAAACACCUGGAGCUCAAGUGAAAUGCUGACAAAAACAAAGUUAAAAAUAUUCAACUCAAUUGUCAAGACACUUCUUCUGUAUGGAUGUGAACCUUGGAGAACAACAUAAACAAACAUUAAAAAACUGCAGGUUGCUUGCGAAUGAUCCUCAAAAUAAGAUGAUUUGACAAAAUUUGUAACACUGUCCUUUGGUAGAGAACAUCAAUUGUUCCAGUGAAAAAGGACAUAAAAAUGAGAAAAUGGAGAUGGAUAGGGCACACAUUAAGGAAACCAAACACUAAGCUCACAAGUCAGGCCCUGAACUAGAAUCCUCAAGGUACCAGGAAAAGAGGAAGACCAAGAGCCACAUGGAAGAGGGGAAUAGAGACAAGGGAAGGGAAUGAAGAAAUGCUGGGCUGAACUAGCAAAAAUAGUCUAGGACAGGGACAGAUAGAAAAGUAUUGUCGAUGGCCUAUGCUCCAUUGGGAGUGAGAACAGCUAAGAAGAAUAUUAUUAAGUUUACUGCUGAAUGUUUUAGCCAAAAUGGAAAAACUAAAACCUCAAUUUCAACUUAAAAAAUUCAAGUAUGACUGAAAUCUUUCAACCUUUGAUGAAUUAUGGUAAAUGCAAAUUAGGUACAUCUAUUUUUCUAGCUAGAUAACCAUUGCCUUUCAAAACUUUAAUGUGGAGAAGUAAUGACAAAUUGAAUGAAGUUAUUACCUCUUGGUUAUAGGUGGAUAUAGUUGAAAAAGGUAUGUGGAAGCUUGAAUUAAGAAAAAGGAAAUGAGUAAAACAAAGUAUUGGAAAACCUGUAAAAGGGAAUGCAACAAAACAAUAAACGCAUCGACAGGAAGUCUUUUGUCAGCGAAUUAAGAAACAGGACAAUGAAACAAGAACGUUCCAGCUCAGAGCCUUCAUGCAGAUGACGUAGAAGAUUAUAGACAGCUUAGUAUAUGUUUAGCCUUAUAUGUUUCUUGUUUGAGUCUUCAUCCCAAACUGCUAAAACAAUAAUAUAAUAAGUUUUAAAUUACCUGUUUAACUUGUUCCUAAGGUAAAAAUGUAACCUAAUUGGAAAAAAACUUUAAUUUUUCCAUUCAAAAUGGUAACCACUUGUAUAUUUUUCAUCAAUCUGUAGCAAGAGCACACCAUGGGUUCUGCAGUUGAAAAUGUCCUUACCUUAGACACUCUCAACCCUAAUGUCAUUGAACUCCAAUAUGCUGUGAGAGGUCCAAUAGUCAUUAGAGCUACACAGAUUGAAGACGAAUUGUUAGCCGGAGAGAAAAAGCCUUUUCCCAAGGUGGUCAAAGCCAAUAUAGGUGAUUGUCAUGCAACAGGACAAAAACCUAUUACAUUUAUUCGCCAAGUUCUUGCCCUAUGCACCUACCCUGAAUUGUUGAAGAGCAAUGAUUUUCCCGCUGAUACUAAGGAAAAGGCAAAGAGGUUGCUUGAUGGCUGUAAAGGUCACAGCCUAGGAUCCUACUCUGAUAGCUGCGGGCUUAAUGUCAUUAGAAAAGAUGUUGCAGCCUUUAUUGAAGAAAGGGAUGGCCAUCCCUCUGAUUUCAAUGAUAUUGUUUUGAGCACCGGUGCCAGCGAUGCAAUCAAGUCUGUGAUGACCCUGCUGCUCACAGCCAAAGAUGGUGUCAACAAAGCUGGGUUCAUGAUUCCCAUUCCCCAGUACCCACUUUAUUCUGCAGCUAUUUCUGAGUUUGGUGCUCACCCUAUUCCUUACUACCUCAAUGAGAAGGCCAGUUGGUCUCUAGACGUGAGUGAGUUGGAGCGGGCUAUUGAUGCAGCCAGGCCAGUUUGCAAGCCCAGAGCCAUCGUCAUCAUCAACCCUGGUAACCCUACAGGUGCCGUCCUCACCAAAGAGAAUAUUCAGAAGAUAAUUAAGUUUGCCAAGAAAGAGAAGCUGUUCCUGCUAGCUGAUGAGGUUUACCAACAUAAUGUGUAUGCUGCAGGAGCCAAGUUUUAUUCCUUUAAGCAAGUCCUGAUGGAGCUUGGAUCACCAUACAAUAAGAUGGAAUUGGCCUCUUUCAUGUCUGCAUCCAAGGGGUACAUGGGAGAAUGUGGUUACAGAGGAGGCUAUGCAGAGGUAAUGCACUUUUCUGUAAUCCAUUUUAGUUUUUACUAAGUAAUUUUACAUUUCUUCUCUUAUUCAUUUAUAGAGAGGGAAAAACUAAAAUUUGGUUAAUUUAUUCGAUAAUACCAUGAAUUAUCUCUUUCCAUCGGAUUAUUUUAAAGGGUUUCUCAAGCUAUUAUAUUUAUUACAAUUAUUUUCUGUGUCGGGUUGAUCCUGUAUUUAAGUAUAUGCCAAAACUUGCCAAGUGUACUUGUUUUGAUAGCCAUUUUAAUGUUUUAGCUACUGUUUUUAUAGUCAUUUUUCACAUAGUAGUUACUAUUCUAGUGUCUCUGGUUUUUCAUUUUUAUUUGCUUUAGCAGUUUAAAUAGUUUACAUAUUUUUAAUAAUUGUAAAGUGCUUAGAGCUGUAAGGUAAGUGCUAUACAAAAAAUGCCUAAAUAAUAAUAAUAAUAUCUUUGACACAAAUAUCAUCUGUGUCUAGUUUAUUCAUGUCUAACUGAUCCACGCAUGUGUUGCUUAACUUGGUAAAGUAACACGUUAGAGGGGGGAGGGAUUUAAACAUAUGCAUUAAAAAUAAACAUUUUAUUUUCAGGUAAUAAAUCUUUUGCCAGAAGUUAGGGCAGAGUAUUACAAAAGUAUAUCUGCCAAACUGUGCCCCCCAGUAUCAGGACAGGUAGUAGUGGAUUGCGUUGUAAGCCCUCCCAAAUUUGGUUAGUGGAAAACACUAAGAACCAUUGUUUGUGGUAUGUGUCUUCUGUAAACAACAUUUGUGAUGUAGUAAUAGACUUCAUAUUCAAGGUUUUAAAUUUCAUAAAUAUAUCAUGUUUGUGAAGUUAAUCUAGAAAUUAUCUGAGUUUAUUUAACUUUUGUGAAGUUAAAGAUUUUCUUGUUUUUUGUAAUUGCCAUUCUCUGACAUCCCUAAAUAUUGUAUAGCUGCUUUAUCCCCUGUUGAUUUAGCCAUUAUGAUUUUUGCAUGAGAUUAAGAAUAUUUGUUUUUAAAUAAACAUUUUUAGGUGACCCAUCUUACGAGCUUUUCUAUGAGGAGAAAAACUUUGUCCUAGCCAAGUUAAAGGAGAAAGCUGAACUCAUCACAAAGCUUUUUAAUUCCAUUGAGGGGAUUACAUGCAAUGAGGUAUACCAAUGCUAAGAAAUAAUUAUAAAAAUUUUGCUAUUCUGCCAAUUUAAAAAUAGAUGUAUUGACGUAUUAAAAAUAAUUUGAGUUUUCAGGAAAUGUCCAGAUAUUAAUCUAAUUCAAACACAUGCUCUUCAAUUUAACCAAAUGAUGGUACAAUUUAAGGCUAGUUAAAUGAACUAUUAAUUAAUUUUAGCAAAGCAAGAGUCUUAUUUCUGGGCCUCUCUAAUCUGCAGUGUCCUAACUGUGGGGUACUAGUCAAUCUGUUACAAAUAGCUCAUUAGCACAUUUCAGCAAUGAAGGGAAAAUUCAGUCCCAUUGUGCAUAUUUUACAAAUUCACUUAAUAUCAUUGAGUAUUAAAACUAUUUCAUACAUAUAUAUUUUCCAGGUCAUGGGUUCUAUGUAUGCCUUCCCUCGUAUCUAUUUACCUGAGAAAGCCAUCCAAGCCGCCAAAGCUGCUGGCCAAAGUCCAGAUGCCUUCUACUGCUUUGCCCUCCUUGAACAGACUGGAAUAUGCACUGUACCUGGAAGUGGCUUCAGGGAAGAGGAGGGAACCUAUCACUUUAGAACUACAAUUUUGCCACCGGUAAAUGUUUCCUCAUUUUUAGUUAAUUUUUUUACAUGACCUAUAACAAGACCCAGGAACAGGUGUAAUUAUCUACUACUGACCUCCAUCUCGAUAUUUUUAAAAAAGCAAGUAAAAUACAAUAGCUCCUCUUAUUUGAUAAGAGCUCUGUAAGUCUUAAAUGUGAUCUUCAUUUUAAACUCUAAUAAUUGUUUUUUUACACAAAUCAAACAAAAAAUCAUAUCUUAUAAAGAACCAUUUUGACACAAAUGGAAUCCAAAAUGUCUAUAAAAUGUUGUUCAAUUUUUAUUCAGAGCCCAAGUAAAAAAAACAUAGAUGACCUAAAUUGAAUCUAAAAAGUGAAUAAUUUAAAUUUAAAAUCAACAGGUGGCAAAUAAAACUGACUAACAUUUAAAUCUUUUUGCUUAAGUGGUGCUGAUAUAUCUGAUUACAAAGUGAGUUCGCAGCAAUGUUUCUGCUGAGUCUUAUGUCUUCCUUUUUUAAGUCUACCACGGAUCCUAAUUUUGUUUCACUAGAAUAAAAUAAUUAUGAAAUUUUCUUUUUCUGGUGGAUCAAACUUAGGAUUUAUUAGGCAUGUUUUAAUAAUUUAUUUAUUGAUGUAAAUAAUAGGCAGAGUGUUUUAAAAUGAAGUUGAAAUUAUGUGUCAUCCAUCACUUUCCUUGAUUGACAAUUUUUAAAUAAUAAUUUUUUUAAAAAUGUAAAUGUAUUUUAUUUCAUACCCCUCCCAUUAAUUUUACCAUUAAUUAUUUGUCGGCCAUUUUAGCUUACAUGUUGUUUGACAUUUUUCUGUCAAUUUUUUUCAUGCAGAAUAUAUGACUCCUUCCAAACCAAGAACUCUGUUGAAAAGAGUUAAUAGUUAUGUUAUGUAAAGAUGAUAUAUUGCUCAUAUUAGGUCAAGGUUGACAACUGUGAAAUGCUUUGAAUCUUGCCUUGACAGGUUGAAGAAUUGAAGGCAGUUUUGGCCAAAUUCAAGGACUUCCAUCUUAACUUUCUCGCCAAAUACAAGUAAAUCUCAUGAUGAUGCCCCUUGUUAUGUAAGUAUAUAAAUCACAAUUUAUUUCAGAAUAAUUUAAAGAGGUGCUGGUAUUGUGCAUCAGUUUAUUUAAAAAAAUAUUACAAUCUAUAUUAAAUGGACUUGUCAGUGUUGCUUGGGAUGGAGGUAAGAAAAACUGUUUAAAAAAUCCCCAACCACCUAAGCUGGAAGAAAACAAUUUGUUGAGGGAUUAAAUGCCUCCUGUCUUGAUACACACAAAAAGAAAAGAAUGUCCGUAAAAUAAUUUUUAUAAGUAUUGAAUCUGGCAUUUUAGGUUGAAGGCAUUCCUGAAUUGACAUGCUGAAAUCAGAGCCACAAGUUUCUGCAAUUGGAAGGACUACAGAUAUUUUAAAACAGAAUCUAAAAUUUCCAUUCAAGUCAGGUCUAAGUUGCAUAGUAAAAAGCUAUGAAUUAAUUUUCUUAUCAUACAAUGUUGUUCUCAUCUGGCAACCUGUCUUAUAAAAUUUAUUUUCAGGACUACCAAUGAAAGACAUCAAAGAGAAUAUAAAGAGGUGACAAUUAUUGUUUCAUUUUUAGCAGAAUAAAAAUACAAUGUGUUUUUGCCUCUAUUAGAGACAAGUAAAUCUAUAGCAUUUUUAUUUUAUGUUUUGGUUACUUUAAAACAGUGUUGUAAUGCUUUUUUAUCUUCAAAACUAUGAUACCAUUAAUAGUAAAUUUUAUGAUAUAGAAUUUUUCAUUUCAUUUUAAUUAAAAGUUUCUUAAUUGAGAUAUUUGAUUUAGAUAUAUUUAAAUUCUAUUGCUAACAAAAAUCUAUUAUGACCUAGCUUAAAUAAUUGUAUAACAAGCCAUAUACCAACAUGUGGAUUUAUAUGUGUAGUUUAUUCAACAUUUACAGUUAUAGACUGGAGCACCAUCAUUACAGUGUAAGCUCAGUGUACUAGGCACUGAUUUAUGUAAGGGCUGGUAUAGUAGUUUUUCUUUGACGAUUUACCACAAUCUAAUGUAGCUAUAUAAUUCAAUCAAAAUGUUGCCCUCAAAUUUUCAUUUUAAAUAAAUGUGACGUCAGUUUUCUUUCUGCCAUUUGUGUCAGCUGGGAGUCAAAUUAUGAAAUAUUAUUUGCUAAAUUGUUGUUCUGAUAAAUACCUCACUCAGCAUUGGGCUUUUCCUUUUCGUCUGUUCAAAAUCCAUUGCAAAUAAUCAAACACCUAAUGCUUGUUUGAUCAUGUUAUCUUCUAGGGUCUUGGAAGCAGCUGUUUCGUGUAUUAGUUGUCAAUACAGAAAUAUUACACAGAUGUUAUAAAACGUAUGCAUUUUUUAUAUUUCAAGCUAAUGAAAUUGUACUUUGCUCUUGCUUAGUAAUUAAGAGCUGACAGGCCAUCAGUUUAUUUAUUGAAUACAUUUUUUUUUUUACAUUAUUAUAAGAUUAUGACCUAGCCAGAUUUUCUGACAAGUUUUUGAAUGUUUGUUGUUUAAUUAAACUAAAGUAUUUCAUUUAACAAUAUAAAAAUAUUUUUUACACACAGACAGAGAUUAAGUUUACUCAGUGUUUUAUUUUAACUAAUAUUUUGAUAAAGGCUUGAAUUUUACCAGGUCCCCUGAAAACAGACUACAAAAAUAAUUAACAAAUUUCAAGCAUUUCAUUUGCCAGGUAUGCAUGGCUAUUUUGAGGUUUCUAGUUUCAUUUAUGUUGUUUUUUUCGUUUGAGCCCUGCAUUUUGCUUUUAAGUAACUAUUCUAAUAUUUUCAGCUGCAAGUUGUUUCAAUGAGAGCACUUUAACUGCUUGAAUUUAAAUGCUUUAUAAAAAUUGUUGCUUGGAUUUUGAAAUAACUAUCACAAUUGAGCAACUAAUUAAUAUUUGUUUUAUUUGAAUUGCUGUCUGAAAAUCUUUUAGACACUGUAAAAUGGGAAGAUUUGGGAAUCUGCAGUUACCUGGAGCAAAGAAUUCAUACUCUUUUCAUACCUAACACUUUCAAAAAUUGUACAAUCCUUAUAUGAUUAUGUUUUGCGAUGCCUACAAUAUGAAUAGAUUUUGAAAGGGAAUGUAGAUCCCAUUUGAUCAAUACAGACCUAUUGGGUUUUUUUUGUGUGUAAGUUUCUUCAUGGAACCAAGCAUUUUCCUUCAUGCACUCCCCCCUAGUAUUUCCAUUGUUUACUUAAAGUGACUUAUUUAUAAAUCUAUGCAAGAACUAAACUAAAUAUAAUUGAGGC